ACGGUCGCGAUUACGCGUCUCAUCGGCCUACAUUCCGUUCGCGACGCUCCGUUCUCCGCCCAGUUUGAAUUUGGCGCGUCGACUGUAGCGGUCAACCCGCGCGCGCGCUCCAAUGCCAGGCGCCAGGCAGUCAAAGAAACAGCUUUAAACUUUUGCUCGUGUUAUUUACUUUUUGUUUGUUUUGGUGCGGCAGACAGACUUGUUUUUUUAAAUGAAUAAUGAAAAACUAUAUCUGUUGAAGUGACAAGUGAACUAUUAUUAAAUGAACAAAAUUAAAACAAAUGUCUUUAUCUCCUUGGAACGGCGACGCCUACACUGAUGAUUGUGUGAACAGUAGCUUAUCGUACUAGCAUAGUACUGGCGUAAACAAAAUAUUCGCAAUGGCAGACAAAAAAAUAAACCUCGAAGGUGUUCCACUAAACUCGGCAGGUGCGGCGAAUAUUUAUUUAAAUACUGGCAAAAAUAAAGUAAACGAUCGUGAUGGGACUGUUAUUCAUCUGAACACAGAGAAACCUGCCGACGUCGGAGUUCAUAUAAAUACAACGUUGUCCAUCGCGUCUUCCAAGAAAAUUAAACUUCUAUUUAUAUUGAACUUUUUACUGAGUGUAAUUUGUAUGAUUAUUAGUUGCUCGAUAGCAUUUUAUUACUGGAAUGAGAUGUCAUCUAUGAAAAGGCAGUUUGAUAUUAUUAGAGAACAAAUUCUCAUACAGAAUAUAAAAGAAGGAGUCCUUAACCAGGAUAAAGCAAUACAAAGCCCCCUAGUAUCCAAUUUUAAACCCAACUUUAAGGGUGUGGAGGUACGAGAAGGCAGGGACUUUAUCAGAAAUGAAAUACCUCCAAAAAGAUACUAUGUUGAAGACCUUGGUGAAGAUAUGUUACUUGUAGACUCCAGCAAAAAGAAUCCUAGUCAAGCAAAAGUGCCUACGUACGACUUACCGUUAUUCCAAAAAGAACCUGCGGUCAUUCACUUUAAUGGUGCUAUACAAGAACUGAACAUUGGGACACAAUCCAUAAUUGGUCCUUGGGUGCGCGACACCGAAGUAUCGUCGAAGGACAGCGAAUCAAAAAUAGAGCUGAACCCUAAUUACUUCACCAUCAAAGAGAGUGGACUGUACUUCAUUUACGCACAAGUAGUCUACCUGACCCACGCGCCGAACUGCUACUUCAUUUGGGCACGCCAGCCGGGCAAGGAGCCCCGCCUGGUGACCACGUGCGCCACCGGAGACGACUCGAGCAAUCGCCCCCACAGCAAAGCCCAGAUCUCCUGCUCGGUGCACACUAUAACCCGACUACUGAAGGGAGACACUGUGAACAUGUCCCAGCGGGAACAAAACAGGACACUGUGGCUCCGACCGGGUUAUAGUUACUUCGGCUUUAUCAAACUUAGUUCCUAAUACGGCUGUGAUAGUUAUAAUGAACUGAUAAAAAAGCCGGGACGAGGCCCACACACUCAGGGGAUGCAAUAUUACAGUACGUUUCUGUGUUUACUUUACCGCAAUCGUAUACAGUGGUAACUAUAAGCACGGCCGAAGCCUGCUACCAGACUAAUGCCCGUUUUCACUCAUAUAACCUAACUUGUCUAUGGUACUUGCCGCAAGUUGUCGUAAUUUGUGUUGUGUGAAUUAUCAUAUUUUUCAUAUAGAUUUAAGACUAUUAAAAAGAAACAAUUUUUUUAUUUUUUUCAUCCGUCAAGUGUCAUUUUAUGAGCCCUAACUAUCGGUGUCGUAAUUUUAGACUGCGCCUAACAUCAUAUAACAGUUUGGUGAAACGUCGUUUUCUCUAGAAACAUUAGGCGUCCGAUUUAGGCGAUUCCUAGGUUGAAAACGGGCAUUAAUUAACUAACUUAGUUUGACGACUUCUCCUAGGCUGGUAGAUAAUUGUAUUAGUAGGAGAGCUUCACGUUGCAGAGGUCGUCCAGGAAAGUACUACCGCAUCGCUUAUUUCUGCCGCUUAGCAGCAUUGUGUGUACGGGAGCUAAAGUGAUACGCUCGACCGCAA